GGCCGCCCUGCGCGGCUCUCCCGCGGCGCCGAUGGGGCUGGGGGCCUGGCUGCGCUCGCUGGGGGGCUGCUGCGGCUGCUGCGGGGGGGAGGCGGCGCCGCCGCCCCCCGAAAAGGAGCCCUUGCUCAGUAACAACAACCCCUACGCCUCCUUCGGAGCCACGCUGGCACGGGAUGAGGAGCAGAACCUGUGGAGCACCCCGCACGACGUGACCCACACAGAGGCGGACGACGACCGGGUGCUGUACAACAUGAUCGUGGUCAGGAACCAGCUGGACAAGGACUCGGAGGAAUGGCAAAAGCUCAACUAUGAUAUUUAUACUUUACGGCAGACCCGAAAAGAAGUGAGAAGCAGGUGGAAACACAUUUUGGAGGAUUUAGGUUUCCAGAAGGAAGUGGACUCCCUCUUGUCAGUGACGAAACUCAGCAUCAUUAGCGACUCCCAGAACAUGGGCAAAGCCCGGGACUUCCUGUUAAAGCUGGCUGAAGAGACAAACAUCUUCCCGACCAGCUGGGAGCUUUCUGAGCGCUACCUCUUCGUGGUGGAUCGACUCAUAGCUCUGGAUGCCGCAGAGGAGUUCUUCAAAAUGGCCAGCACGGUGUAUCCGAAGAGACCCAGCGGGGAAAGAGCGGACGGGAGCCAGAAGGCCCCGCAGUGUAUCUCUGUCGUGAUGCCCUGAGGAAUGUGCCUCAGUGGCACGAGCUGGACAGCGGGUUUCCUUCCCUCCGGGAGCCCGCUCCUCUGCCGAGGGGUUCGCACAAGUAGUGCCGCUCCUUGUUUUCCUGCAGAGAAGCGAGCGGGCCAGCCGGAGCAGAGCGAGGAGGUCAGCGAGCCGUGCUGCCGCCGGGAAGGCACGGGAAGGCUCAUGCUGGGCCCAGGGUGCUCCCAAGCAGAAGGGAGCAAGAACUUGGCGGUAGCGUAGCCCCGGCGGGAGACUGCUAGCUGAGUAGUGUGUGACAGGCACGGGGGGGGGGGGGGCACCCACCGCCCCAGGCGUUGCUACCAGUAGCUGCAAAAAUGGAGAUGCCUCUAGCUGCAAGGGCUGCGAGGAGAGCUGCGUUUCCACCUUCUGCUGGUACCUGCCACUGUUGCCUCCCUCGACCCAGCUGGCCGGGAGGACCAGCAAGGGAGGCAAAAUACCUCAGUCAUCUGCAAGUCCACGUCGUUUCUCUGUGUGCUGGUCCUCUCCUCCAUCCCCAGCCCCUGGCAGCCCCACCGGGCAGGUCCCGAGGGAUUUGGCAAAGAGGCAGGAGCAGCACGGGGCUGGGAGAGGGGUCAGUGCCGGGCGGGAGAGCCCUGGAGCAGUGUCACAGCUGGGUGCUCCAUUCCCAGCCAUUACCGGUUUGGAGGUGUUUGUGUUGGGGGGGUGCUCAGCCUGGCAUCUUAAAAGAAGGUAGAUUUUAGGAAGGUGCCAAAGUCAGACCAGCUAAGAAUUUGGCUUAUGUAACAUCCUGAGAGUGGUUGCCUAACAUCUUACUUUCUGAAAAUUUUGGUCUCAAUUGCAUAAAAAAGCCACACUAUAAAGCUGCAUGCACUGUUAAUAUAUACCAUCUCUGCUGUUAAUGAGGAUUUUAAAUGAACAGCCUUUAUAUCUUGGGGUUUUGUCUGAUAAUAAGCAAUGAUUUUAAAACACUGGAUUUGAUAAUUUAAAAACAAGUGGAAGUUAUUCACAUAUGCUGCUAAUUGGCCAGCUGAAAAUGCUGGUUACAUAGAACCUCCCAAAAUAGCAAAAUGGAGCUUUUAUUUGUUUAUACCUACCGUGUUUGAAAGAUAUAUAUUUAUGCAUAGUUUCUGUUUGUCAGUCUUCCUGGGAAAUGAUUUUGUCAGCUCAGGACACAAGUGAAAACUGAGUUUAAUAAAUAAGACACAUUACAAAACUAA